AUGAGCCAUGGGAGUUGGCCAAGGCCCGAAGUCGUGGCUUGUAAUCACGGAAUUGAAGCUGAAGUUGUAACAUCGAGGAUGGAUGCCAAUCCUGGGCGGCGUUUCUAUCGGUGCCAUAUUUGGAAGGAAGAUGACUGCAAGUUCUUCCGCUGGAUUGAUUCAUCUUUGUCACCCUAUCAAGAUAACUAUAUGCAAAAAUUGAAGAUGGAGCGGGACAACAUGCAAAAGGCAUUGCAAGCGAGAGUUGCUAUGCAGGAUACGCUACAGGAGCAAGUCCGUUUGAAAGAAGUUGAACUUGAAUCACUCAAAAUUGUAGCUGAAAAUUUGCGUCAACAAAACCGGAAGUUGAAGUACGUCGUUUUGUGUUUAUGUGUCGUGGUCUGGCUUCUAAUCUAG